AUGGUCAAAGACAGAGAAACCGUCAUUGUCGAGUUCAACGACCUCGUCAACAUGAGCCAGAGUGAGCUGGAUGACUGGCUUCAAGAGGACCAGUCCCAGUCCGCAGGCUGGACAGGCAGCUCCGGCGAGACCAUUGGCCAUGAGAGCAGCGAUGAAGACAAAACUAAAAGCACCAAUAGUGGCCGUCGAAUCCUGGAAAUACUCGGACACAAUCCUAGCAAAGACCCUUCUGGAUAUAGAAAUCAGGAUAUCGACCACAUGCGUCGUGUGGUAUCCUAUUGCAACCGCCACUUAGCGCAAGAGGAACGAGCAAAGCAUGACACCACAAGCAAGAGUUACCGAUCGCUUAAAAAUUGGGGACACGAUGCGCUCAAAGAGUAA